AUGAGUGCCGCUAAGAAGGUUGCCGUCAUCGCGACGAGCACUCGAACUCCACGCAUUGGAACUAAGGUCGCGGAACUGGUGAAAGAUACCAUUACCACAGAUGCUACCACCAAUGGCAUCGAUCUGAAUCUUGUAGAAGUCUCUUCUUUCAGACUUCCCGUCUUCGAUGAACAGAUCAUUCCCGCUCAGGUCCCAGCUGCAGGUGACUUCGCCCACGAGCACAGCAAAGCGUGGAGCAGGGAAAUCGCCAAGUACGAUGCCUACAUCAUUGUGGUUCCAGAAUACAACUACGGCCUGCCUGGCGGCACCAAGAAUGCCAUUGACUACUUGUAUAACGAAUGGAUCGGCAAACCCAUUGCUGUAGUCAGCUAUGGCAUCAUGGGUGGCAACUCGGCGUCAGCGCAGGCGCAGAAGACGCUGGAGGGCAUGAAACUCCGGGUUGCGCCGACGCGACCGGCGCUUGCUUUUGCGGGUGGGGCCGGACCGGAUCUGGUAGCUGCCAUGGGCCACGGAGAGAUCGGGGAAGAGUCGCGGAAGAAGUGGGAGGGAGAAUCGGAGAGCAUACUCAAAGCCUUCGGUGAGUUAAAGGAGCUUCUCAACGCGCCGGCUCAGGCGAAGACGGAACCUUGA